AUAAAACGUCUUGGAGAUCUUAUCACCAGUGACUCAAUGCUGUCGACAAAAUACCCCGAAGGACAGGUAAAUCGUUUAACAUCAAAACGAUACGGAUCUUUAAAACAACAAAGCAACUUUUUUAAUUCGCAAAAUGCAAUUUAUUUACAAAAGUUUUUACAUUAUUGAGUGACAUGAUAAGAUUUUUACCUACUUUCGUUUCACAUGGAGGACUGACAAAAAGAUUUGAUGCAGAAUAACUAUGGUUCCUGGAGAUGGUAGAUAAGAAUGGCUACGCUAUUACUGGUAUCCUGCUUACUGGGUUCAGCAUUCAUAACAAGUACAGCAAAUUCCAUUACACAUCUAGCAACAGUGCAGAAGUCUGUUCCAAACAUCUCAUUUUAUCCAUGUGUAGUACCGACUGUUGACACUAUCCAGUUUUGUUGUGUAACAGAGAAUAUCCACACUGCAACUGUCCACUUUUACUGGGAAAGUAAUGACAUUGCCACUAUACAUCAUCCUUGUGAUGUUGUCAACCUGAACUCAAAUUACAAUGUAUCUUGUGAGUCUGUUGGCACGACAACUGUGAUGUAUUUGGAUGUCCUAAAGUAUAAUCACCAGGCAGGACCUACAUUAUUUGGCUGUCGGUAUUAUGGGAAGUCAGCAGGAUAUAAUCUGUUCACAUCUCACAUUUUAACAGAAAAUAAAGGUUACCAGUUCACUAAUAUUACACAGAAUUCUUUUUUAACAUGGAACCAAACAAACAACUAUUUUGAGAUUUUCAAUCCAGCAGGGGAGAUAAUCAUACAAGCCCAGAAUUUACAGAUUGAUGUUAAAGGAAACAAAUCAAAAAUAAGUUACUCGAUGAAUGUAUCGAUGGGAACUUUUUCAUUGAUUUUAUAUCAUACUAAAAAAGAAGACAAUGGAACUUAUGUUUAUGUAACCAAUAUCAAAAAAGUUGGGAUAACUCUAGUUGUUCUAGAUAAACUUGAUUUACCAAUUUUACACAACAUUUCCACUAGGCUAUCAUCAGGGAAAAUAUGGGCCAACAUGAGUUGCACAGCUGAACAGAAAUCAGGUGCACCUUUAUUCUACAGACCAACUUUUGAAGUAUUAUGGAAAUAUCCCAUCGAUGCCAGCUACAAUGUUAUUCUGAAUGGAUCAAAUUUGAUCCUGGAGGAAGUUGACUGCAGCUCAGACAAUUCACAGCCAUUAUUCUGCUCUGUCCGAGAAACAAAGGGAAGCUACUCGGACAGUCAACACUUUUAUCCACACACACUCUGUACAUACAAGCCUGUAACAGUCCCACCGCCCUCUGAAGAUAAGAAAAAUGGUGGACUUAUUGCAGGAGUUGUCAUUCUUUCUCUCCUGUGUGCAGUUUUACUUGUUAUAGCAUACUGUGGAAAAGAUAAAGUAAAAAGAUGUUGCCAUAGUAUGUGUGGAUUGUGUAGACGAAGUCGAUUUUGUAUUUGUAGAAAAUGCAUGAAAGAUGACCUUGACUUUGACAUAAGUGAUGAGCCACGUUUUCAGAUACCACAUGGCGAAUUUGGUCGACAUGAUGAUCUUGACUGGAGGCAGAUCCUAGAUCUGUAUUCUGGAGAUCACCCACCAACAGUUCCACCACCAAGACUAAUCUUAUCCACCCCACGACCAGACCAAUACCUCCCACCACCACCACCAAGACCAGAGGCUCUACAAGGGACAUCAUCAUCUGAUAAUACAGUACAAUUUGAAAAUGAUGAAAGUGGUAUAGAUAAUCCCGAUUUCCAUGAUGAUGAUGAAGAUACCGUAAAUGCUGAUGACAUUACUGUGUCAGAUAUUAGUACAUUAGGGGCAACAGGGGUUGACCAUUCAACGCUUGUAAGAGAAGUGGAGACAUGUUUAGCCCAUUUAAAGAAGCUGUUGAAUUCUACUGAGAACCAGGUUCAAGUGAGAAGAGACAACAUCAUUGAAGAUCUCAUCAAUAUAUACACUGAUCCCACAAUCCUUCAGUCAUAUUUACAUAUCAACGUUUUGGGUGAACCUGGGUCAGAUUGGGGUGGGGUCAGCAGGGAUAUAUUUACCUCAUUCUGGAAUGAAGCCACUGUGUUGUAUUUUAAAGGGAAUGAUGUACAUGUGCCUUAUUUACCUCCACAUAAAAUGGAGGAGGAGAGAAACUUUCUGUUGAUGGGACGUAUUCUUGCUCACAGUACUGCAAUCCUUGGUUAUAUUCCAAUAUCUAUUUGUAAAAGUUGUAUGAUGGUGACAAUAUUUAAUACAACUCAUAUUGAAUCCAAUACUCUAUUGGAAGAUUUUCUGCUAUUUGUUGAUCUCAAAGAUAGAAACCUAAUCCAAAGUGCUUUAAAUGACUUCUCUGGUUUAUCUGAGGACCAAAAACAGGAUCUCCAGAAUUUGUUUUACCAGUUUGAGAUGGGCUGUAUACUUAAAGAGGAAACUUUCCGUGACCAGCUGUUGAAUAUGGCAAGAAAUGAACUGGUUUUAAAGCCAAGAUCUCUUUGUGAAAAAUUACGACAAGGAAUUCCAGAAGUGCAUUUUGAUCAAUUUUGGUCACAGAUGACAAUAGAUCAUAUUAGUAUACUUCAUGCAAGAUUAAAACCAACACCUGAAAAAGUUGUGAAAUGUUUAAAAUUAGCUGAACCAUUGAGGUUAUUGGACAUGAGAAGAAGAAAAGUUUUCCAGUAUUUUAAAGAUUUCAUUGAACAGCUUGGAGAUGAAGAUUUACAAAAAUUUCUACAAUUUAUCACUGGACAAAAUUGUGUGCCUAAACGUACUAUCUCCGUCCAAUUUUCUAAUCUAAGUGGUGCUGAAAGGAGACCAGUAGCACAUACAUGUGGCUACCUGAUUGAAAUUCCUGAAGCUUAUGACAAUUAUGCGGAUUUUGAAACAGAAUUUAGGAAUGUGUUACAAUCAGACAUUUUGAGAUUUGAUGUACAGUAAAUUUAAAAUUGUUCUGUAUGAUUUAAUUUAUUUGUUUUGUAUAAUCACCCUCACAGCAUUUAAUGCUAUCCCACUGUUUUCUCAUUACAUCAUAAUGUAGUCCGUCCAGAUCAUCACAUCAUAAGAGUUUACAGUAAAGGAUAUUAUAAUUUUUGAUUAAGGGAAAAUUCUUUUUUUCUACCUCAAUAUUUUUGGAAACAACUUCACACUUGAAUCAGGUGCAGUUAAUUUUUAUUUCAUGUUUAAUGCACAAAUAAUUUAGAAUUUAAGAAAAUCUUUAUCUAAAAGUUCAGACACAUUACAAUAAUUUUCUAUUGAUAGUCAAAUUGCUACUUAAGUCAAAUGAUUCUGAUUUUUCAUUUAUUGUUCAGCAUGAUAAGAGAAAACUGUAUUUAGGAGAUGUUAUAAUUUCAUCCAGUUUAGCCUUUCAGAAGCAUUCAUAAUGUUUGUAGGAGUAAUACCACCAAACAUGUUCUAUUAUUCAUUUGUAAAAUCAAGAAUUUUCAGAACAAUUAUUAUCUUUAUUUAGAAUUAAGUCACAUUCUUUAAGUAUGAACUCCAUGAAAUGUAUGUUCUAUCUUUAAUACACAAACAUGCAUGUGUAGUCAUAUUUUUGUUUAUGUACUGUUUUAAUAUAAAACCAUAAGUAUCAUCAUUGUUUUGGUGGUAUUACACCUGUAUAUAGAUCAGUUACAUGGAGUUGUUGAAAAGUUAUAUGUUUUUAUGAUUGCUUUGUUUAAUACAUUGCCUUGGCCAUUAAAUAUUUAGAAACUUUUAGUUAUCCUGAUCUUAAUUAUGUGGAUUCAAAAAAUGAAAAGUUCAAGAUCUGAAUUUGACAUUUAUGGACCAGAGACAAAUGAGAGAUGUCACAAAGUAUAUAUAAUAAAUGCCAAUCAGAUAAGUUGAGAAAUAUUAAUAGACAAUCCCAUAUUAUUUGUACAUCUUUGUUGGUGUGUCUGUGAUAUUAUUUCUGUUUUAUAAACAUGUGCAUGUCUUUUUUGACAACAGAUAAUUUUAGAUUGAUUUGAAGAUGCAUGAUUUUAUUGGUAUUCAACAUCAUUUUCCUAUUUUAAAAGAAAUUUAGAUAAUUUCCUGAACAGAAACUAUAAUAAUAGAAAACUGAAUAAUUACAUUUUCAAAUUUUCCUAUAUUUUCUAGUAUCUGUAAAAUAUGACAUAUUGUUGAAUCCUGUGUGUUCAUUUCAUUCUGCUGGUUACAUUGUUGUGGUAAGCAGAAAAACUGCUCCAAGAUGCUGAAAGUCCAUCGUCUUAUCGUAGCAGUGAUAAAAGCAACUAAGGAUAUAGUUGUUUUAUUUGACUCCUAAAUUUGUUCUGGAGGGUACCAGUAACUACUGAAAAGAUGUGUGGGCAUAUGGGGAAGAGGGUUUUAGCCAUAUUUUUAUUCAUAUUUACCUGAUUAUUCAUAAAAAAACUGAAUGAUAAUGAUGAAUUGGUUUUUAAUGUCCAGUGGCAAAUAUUACAUUAUAAUAGUAAUAAAACAAACAGAGGAAUGACAAUUUGUGAUGAAUGGCUGUUUAAUGUCAAUGGCAAAUUAAUUGUAUACCACAGGAGAACAUGUUAACAUGUUAAUGUGAAAUGAAUAUGAAUAUGAACCUUGCUUUGCACUAGCCUGGCAUGAUGAUCUAGGGGGGUAGGGGUUAAAACCCAUGCAUGACAUUCCCUACUCUAGCAUCAUUCAUAAAAACUGAAAAGGUCAGUUAUGAUCAAAGGUUAAGUUUUCUCCCCUUUCUUCACUUGAUUUUCAACUGUGGUUUAUAUCUCGAAAGAAGAUAGUUGUAAAAAUUACUAUCCAAAGAAUAAUAGUGAUGAACACGAGUAAUGGAAAAUAUUUUAUUUGAAUGUAUUGUCUUCACCUGGGGUUGUUUAAAAGAAUCACACAACAUUUAUUUGUAUAUAUAAAUGGCUUGGAGGGCAAGUGAGAUAAUUUUGAAAUAAAGAAAAUGAAAGUACUACAUAUAUGUUUAAUCAUGUUGUUUAUAAAAAUUGUGAUUUAUAAGUUAAUGAUUUUAUAUUUUAUUUAAUUUUAAUCCUUUGUUGAAUAUAACACUGUGACAAUGAAAAGAUUGUAAAUAUACAUUGAUGUGAAUGUUUUAUGAAGUUUAUUUGUAGAUAAAAUGUGUUAAAAGAGAUUUAUUAGAAUAGAAAUGUUUAGAUUUUUUAAAGAAAAUUAUUAUUAAGCUGCUGUGUACUAGUCACAAAUAAUAUUUAUUAUGGAACAUUCUUCAAGAAUUACAGUGCAUGACCCAAUUAAGUUCCAAAUCAGAUUUCUGUCUAUAUAAUAUUUAAAACUAAAUUCAAAAGUAAUUUGGUUUGAAACUGAUAAAAUCCUAACCUAAUAUUCAGAACUGUCUACAGGUUCUAAAAUUUUCUGUAAAAUGAUAUCUAGAAAUUAUUGUGAUUAAGAGUAGUUGGUCUAUGAAGUCAAAACAAAGGUGUUUUAGCUUUAGACAUCAGUAGAUUAAAAAAAUUCAAUCAGAAUCAGACCAAAUUCAGCAAUAUUUUUUAAAAAGAUUAAAAUUUUAUGUGAAAUGUAGAAACAUUUCAUUUUUUGGGACUUAAUGAUUGCCUUGUUUUAUUUGGUGUCUUAUUUACUUAUCACAAACGACCAGAACUGCAUGUUUUGUUGUCUCAUUGCUGAUUUUGUAAGAAGUUUUAAAGAAUUUUUUAAAAUAUAUUAUGUGAUAGUUGUUGUUUAGAUAAUGUUUUUUAUUAAACUGUUUCAAAUUCAGCAAUCAGACCUUUGAUAUAAUCGGUAGUGAUGGUAUCUUAAGUUUUUAUUUGAAGUGUAUAAUAAUUUAUGACUAGUUUAUUAUUCUAAAUGAUUGUGGUUGUGUUAACAUGGUGUUCUUGACCAAUAUGGUAGAUAAUUUUGUUAAAUUUAUUGAUUAUGAAUUUGAAAUGUUAAUUUCUGGUUGUGACUUCAUUGAAAUUACAUUCCUUAAUAGUUUAGUAUACAGACAAGAUGUGAGAAAAGUAACACAGUGAUUAUAAACCUCUUUGCAUUUGUAGAUUUGAAAAAAAUAGAAUAUAUUUUAGUGCAAUACUUCUCUGUCUCAUCAUUAUUCAUAGAUCAAGAAACAUUUUAGUUGUUGUAUUAAUUUACACCUUUAUCAAACCAUUCCUCAUUCUAUGUUAUAAUCAGUGGUUUUAAUUUGCUGUUAAGAAAUUGUUUUCUGAAUUUUUACACAGAUGUGUGUUGUUUUGCCUUUAGUUUUGUGUGUCUGUGUGUAAUUUUAAUCAAAUGUUGAGUGAUUUAUUUGGUAUUAGGGGUCAACUUUUUUUUACCAAGAUAUUUAACACUUUUAUGACAUGUUAAGAAGUUAUUGAUUUGUUACUUAAUUUUAAUAAAACAAUAGUUCCUAUUAACUUGAAGUAAACAUACAGUCUUUACUUUCCUGAAAGCUAAAAUAUUACAGGAAAUUCAUUAUUUUUGUCAUUUAUGAUAUGCAUUCUUUAGACAUGAUGUAUUGAGAAUUACCAUUGGCUGUCUCUGUAGACAUGUUUCUUGGCAACAUGUACAGUGACAUAAAGUUGCUAGCCUCUAUGUCAUUUGAUCUCUAAUGGAGAGUUGUCUCAUUAGCAAUCAUACCACAUCUUCUUAUUAUUGUUAUAUUGAAUAUGCCUUGAUUGGUUUUCUUCUAACUUUAUCAGAUCAUUAGGAAAGACGGUCAUUAAGGUUUGUAUACUUUAUUGGCAUUCAUACCACAUCUUCUUAUUUAUAUUUAUGACAACUUUUGUUAUUGUAGUUCCAGAAUUACAAACUGUGAAUACAUCAAUAUUUUUCUUUCCACCUUUGUAAAACUCACUUGAGCUAACAUCUACAAAAUUUUGAAAAAUAUUCGCUUACAUGAUAAAUGAAAUUGCAAAUUCUUUUGGGAAAAAAAGUGUUUUGUCAUAACAAAAGAAUGGCUUAUAAAUGCAUAGGGUGCUCUUGUUUGAUAAAACUUCAUUAUCAUUAUUUAAUUUUACCAGUCAUAUCAGUGUGUGUCUUGUAAUUUCACAUCAUUUUUACAAUCCAUCACUUCAUUUUGUGCCUUGUAUAUUAUGUGUUCACUCAAAUGGUACUAUGAUAAUAAAAUCUCCCAGCUGUGACAUUUAGCACCAGUAGGAUGCACAGUUCUUUUGUUUUCACCUAAAUAAACGAAAAAAAUUGUGUACAAUUAAAGAUACUUUUUCCUUAUUAAGAAACAAAAGUAUCUGGAGUCCAACCAUUCCCCCCCUAAAUAUGAGCAAAAAGGUUUGCUUAGUUGAAUAAGUAAUGAUAAGGUCAUUAUGUUUAAACGUAAUUGUUCAUUUUAUUUUAUAUUGACAUAUUCCACAUUAAAAAGUGGUAUAUAUUAAAUUGAGAUAGAUACCCAACAAUAGAAUAAAUCAGAUAAGACGUCAAGAAUCAAUAACAGUCUUCAACAAUAAAAAAGAGUCUCUCAUUUUUCAAGUUCUUAAUAAAAGGGAGCUACUGACGCUUAAGUUUUGUAAAAAUCUUUGUGAGCAUAAGAUAUAGAAAAAGAGUUCCAAGAAAUAUUGGUAUUCAAUAAUUUAGCAUGAUAAGGUAUGAAUGUAUUACACUUUGUGAUGGCUUCAUUAUCAAAACAGCCUGACAAUAACAUGUAUAUUAAAUCUUAUUUAAGUGCAAUUUCACAAAUAGCAAUUGUUAACAGUUGAAUUUGUCUUGAAUUGCACAUCUCAGUGUUUGAUUCAUAGUUUGUAGUUAUAUGUUUGAAUAUUAGAGCUUUAACUUGAUAAUGUUAAAUGCUUCACUUGUUAACAGUUGUAUUUUUAUACAAAUGUAUUUGUUUAACUACACUGUGUAGAUGUUUGAAAGAAUUAAAUGUUGCUUUUUAAAAA